AUGAGCCACCCAGCCGCCCAUUCGGAAGCCGAGGACUGGCCUCUUCCGUUGUCCGUAUCUCGACCAGACAGCAUAGUCUCUUCCUCCACGAGCUCUUCUGGUCCCAGCUAUGCCACAUCACCUAUAUUUCCGCCUCCGCUCAGUCGUACGGCUUCCUCGAUUGGAUCCCGGUCGAGGCAGGCUUCAUGCUUCUCCUUAUACGAGGACAUCUGCCGUUUGCCGCUGAACCAUUCUGUGACCAUCUCCUUCGUUCGGAGCAGUAAACUCUUCAAGCUACGCUUCACCUGUAUCGACAUACGCAAGGAUGCCACGGGAAGCUUGAAAAGUCUUGAAUUGGGCGGGGGACCGGGUCAGCAGACUCCGUUGAUACAUACUUUCCCUCACCUUGAACAUCCAAAGCUCCCGAACGAGUCGUCGCUUCGCGUUUCCUUCAUGGACGAGCAAACAGUUCAAUCGGCCCACAACGUGUUCCUCACACAGAUCUCUUAUAUCUUUGAAGAUUGGCAUGAUUGUGUGCAGUUCCAAGAAUUAGUCCUGGGUUCGAAAUUGGUCUUCAUAGCAGGGAUCGCCGAGGCGAAGUCCAAGGGCCGAGGGGAGGAGUGCAUCAGCCAGAACCUACGCAUUCUACGUAAUCAUAACGGCAAACAGGUCAUGCUUUUCUUUGCCAACUCGCAACGGAAGGAGUUGAAGCGUUAUGUGUCCAUCCCGAUCAACUGCAUCGACAGCUUCAAUCCGGGCAAGAAGGCAGGAAAGCCUGUGGUUCUCCAGCUGCAGCCCAACUUCGACAUUCUUUCACAGAUGAGAACAUUAUCUAUCCAAUUCCUCGAUGAGUUGGCAUCUACUAACAUCACAUCGUGGAUUUUGGUUGUUUACGAGUCUGCAGCAAGGAGUCUGGAUGGCGUUGGGUACUCAGGUACUUUGCAUAAAUUUUCCUUUCAUUUUUUUUUGGCUCCUCUGCGGCCACGCGUCAGUUUCAGUUCCAAUAAUAUACCCCUAUUGUGA